UCAAUUCCUCCAUUAUUCAUUGUUCAUAUUCCUCCAUUAUUUUUUAAUAAUUAUUACUAAAUAUUGUGUCAAAUAAACGAUCCGUAUAAAUAAUCAAACCGAUUGCAUCCUGAUUCCCAUAACUUUUAUUACGCAUCAAUAUUUUAUCAUAAAUAUUGAUUAAGUUUAUUUAUAAAUCUGAUCAAACAGUUUAGAAAUAUCGAUUUCGACAAAUAACAGCUAAACAUAAAUAUUUGUAUAAUUAAACGAGAUGAACAACCGUAUUGAUUGUGUAAAGAGAUUUAUUUCUAAAUUACACAUUUAUCAUCGAUAUCGCUUGUCGUAUUUAUCAUGUUUUUCUUAUGAAACGAUCGAACAACGAACAGUGGCUGGUAUUGAUCGAGAGUCAAUGACGCUCCUAAGAAAUCGUUAAUCUCGUUGAAUAUAAAUUAGCGAGAGGAUACUUCAAGGAGAAAUGAAGUGGGAGAACUGGCCGUUAUCUAAUAUCAGUGUUCUCGUGUUCGUUGGCGUUAGAUGUCAGUGAUACGUGAACGGUGAUCAAGGAGUGUUCUUCUCUUUGUGAUUUUUCAAAACAUGGAACAUGAUAUAGAGAAGAAUAUUGAGAAAGCCGACAAAAUGGACGUCGAAGCAGCUUUACUCGAAAAUUCGCCGACGUUGUCAACGAUUUCUUCGGAAUUGACAGAUACGACGUACUCGGUACCAGGCUCACCUUAUUCGUCAGAAUCUCCGAUCAUCGUGACGUCAUCAUAUAGGAAGACACAUACCGAUGACGAAACUACGAUCAAGCCGACACCAAGGUAUCCACAAGCCACCAGGAAGCCUAAUUUUCGGAUACGACCGCCUUACCUCAUGAUAUGCAUCAGUAUCAUAGAGAUAACCGUCCACUGCUUCGGAGACGAGGCGACGUUGCGAAGAUGGUUGGUCUAUGACCCUCGGCAAAGGGUUCAAGGGUGGAGGUUCGCUUCGUACAUGCUUCUACACUCCAACGCGCUUCACCUUGCGCUCAACGUGCUCAUCCAGCUGGUCCUGGCUACUCCACUCGAGGUUGAACAAGGAAGAAUGGGAGUAGCAACAAUUUAUUUAGGUGGUGGUGUAUGCGGAGCUUUGGGUGCUUCACUUUUACAACCUAGUCUUUAUCUAGUCGGAGCUUCGGCAGGAGUUUAUGCAUUGCUCACCAGCCAUCUUGCUCAUCUUUACUUGUGUCACGGUGAGCUACGUUACGCGAGAUGGCGUUUAGGUGCAGUUUUGUUACUCGCUGGGGCAGAUGUCGCAUCAUUACCAAUACCAGCCUUAUUAGGCUGCGGAAGGGUUGGUUGGGCUGCACACGUAGCCGGUGCAUUGGCAGGACCACUUCUGGGUCUUGCGGUUUUCCCUAAACAAAGCAAGAAGGAUGCUCGAGGACGAGGAUUCGUCAGAUUCGUUAGAUUAAUAUCAGGCGUUAGCAUUAUGUUAUUAAUAGUUGGCGCGAUAUUGGGAAACAUAUAUCUGAUUGCAUUACCCCAAAUUAGAAAACCAUCCUGACAGAGGAUGGAAAUGCUCGUAAAACUCUGCAGGAGGUCGUUUCUAAUCGUCAAGAUACGCGAGGCCGCCGACAGUGUCUUCGAGUAAAAUUUAUGAUUUUCUUUUCUUAUAUAUAUACACUGUAUAUGUAUAUAUAUAUAUAUAUAUAUAUAUAUAUAUAUAUAUAUAUAUAUAUGUAGCAAAGGAAAUAUCUCAUCGUCAUGGUUAUUCGCUCAUCGGAUCGAUAAUAAUCAUUGUAAUAUUACUCGCGCAUCUGUCGCGUUAAAAAAGAAGAAGAAGAAGAAGAAGAAGAAGAAAUAAGAAAAAAAAAACUCUUAAUCGUGUUAACCAAUAAGAGAUUAUAAUGACCGAAGAGAAUGCCGACGAGAAACUUUUUUUCUCCAUUUAAUAAUUAAACCUUCCAAUUAAAUAAUAAUUAAAACUUUCCAAUCGGAAAGGAUUUGAGAGAUCUCGUUCUCUUUCUUUUUUUAUUGUCAAUUUUUUCUGUUAUUAUUAUUAUUGUUGUAAUUAUUAUUAUUAUUAUUAUUAUUAUUAUUAUUAUUAUUAUUAUUAUUAUUAUUAUUAUUAUUAUAUAUUAAAAAAAAGGAGAAGGAGAAAAUAGAAGGGAACGAGAAUCGAUCAAUCAAUCAUUAAAGAAACUCAUGUUGUUAGAAAGACAUUAGAAGUUCCUAUUCUCCACGUUUUCUUCUGUAUUCAAUGUAACUCGAGAUCCAAAGCUAUCGUUUUACUAAACGAAAGAGAGGACUAUUUCGAGAGAUCGAAUAAACGGAGCGAAAAUUGAACGUUAAUAGACAAAAAAAGAGAGAGAGAAAGAGAGAGAUAAUCAAUUUAAAGGAAUUCUAGCAACGAGCGACGUUUCGAUACACGCUUCUUCGUUUUUUACGUGUUCCACUGCCUCGUGAAAAAUCGAACCGGAUAUGCACGUUCAAAUUCUAUUACGCGUUCGACUAGUUUCGCUACCAUAGUUUAUUCUAUUAAU